AUGUCGGCAGAGCAAUACGGAACCAGGUUACUAGAGGAAGUGCAUGAAGAGAGUCUAGAAGAGCUACUGUCGGAAGUCAGGGCUAUACUUGAGCCUCGCCCAAGAGGCGUGCUAGGGAUUCCAGAAUUCGAUCGACUUCUCGAAACCGUACGAUAUCCUAUCCAACCAAGUCCUGCGCGACAGCCAUGGACAUCUUCUAUCAUUGGCAGUCCGAUAGAGGGACGGGUUGACGACGGAGCCGUGCUUGAUGCGUCUUAUAAUUUGCAUCGCACUAACAAUACCGUGUCUACGAUCAACAUCAACGACAAGCCCGCGACAAUCGAGCUAUCAAGCCAGCAAGCAGCUUCAGGAAAGACUCAGCUCCUCUAUUUCCUAGCGAGCCUAGUCAUUCUCCCAGAGAGCUUCCACGGCCGUGAAUCGGCUGUAGUAUGGUUCGACAACGACGGACGGUUCUCUGCAGCUCGACUGGCGCAGAUCUUAUGUCGCCAUCUCGAGAAAACAUAUCCCAAUCUUGCUGAAUCUGAAGUCCGAUCCAUGUCGCAACAGGCAUUGUCACAUGUUCACGUCUUCCGACCUCAGUCAUCAGCCCAGCUCUUAUCGACACUCACGGAUCUUCCAUCAUAUCUCCUAGACAGGACCAAACAUGCAUCAAUCCACCGUCCUCUAGGCAUGAUUGUGCUAGACCCGGCUACGGCAUUCUACUGGCAAGACCGCUUCGAGGCUGAUAUGGCGCAGCUUGAAGCUUCGACUUCAUUCCAGACCGGUGUGCCUCCACUUCCUAAUCAACCCUCCAAGACUGCCCAAGUUAUCACGCAGUUGAAGGCUCUUCAAGCUCGUUUCGGGUGUACAGUAAUGUAUACUACCAUGACGGUGCACAAUACUUCCACCAACACGGCUUCUAAGAACUCAGCGGCACCACCGCUGUCACCCUGGAACACCUUGGCUACCCUGACGCUGCAGCUGAGACGGGUGUCCGUUCCUCAGUUUGCGCCGCAGAUGUCUCUUGAGCAAUGUCUGCAUGACGCUGAUCGGCGUCUAGAGGUUGUGAGGAGGAGUCGGUUCAGUGUUUCCGUUGCACAUCAUACAGUACAUUCUAUUAGGACAGGGGGAGAUAGAUCUAGAGAUGGGAACAUUGCUGGCGGGGGCGACGGAGGGAAUUUAGCAGGGUUUGUGAUGAGGAUUAGCAAGGACGGUGUUUUUGUUGAAGAGUAAUAGUGACAUCUCGGAAGAGGUUUAUUUGUUGAUUGGACCCUGCGUCCUUGUGCAUUGCAUGGUCAUCAUAGAUGCAGAUAAUGCUCUAAUCUAAAUUCUC